UGCCGUCCGGUGCCGCAGGAGAAGGUCGCCCGCUCGCCCGCUCGCUCCGGGGGAUUCCCAGGAUCUCGCUCGGCCGCUCGCGCCGUCUCCCGAGCACUCGGGGACAUGUCGAGGUGGGCGGAGGCCCGGUGGGCCGGCGCCAGACGGCGGACGGCGGCCGCGGCGCACUCGCCCUCCUCGAGCUUUCCCCGGAGACGCCUCCCUUUACAAGCGCCCCGAGCCUGAAGGCGCUGCCACGGCGAGGAGGCACCGAUAAAGGAGCAGGACGCGCCGCUGCGGCGCCGGGAGGGAAUUCCGGGAACCCCCGGGAAUUGUUCCGGGAAUUCCCGGGAAUUCCGGGAGGAUGAAGCUGCUGGAGAACUCCAGCUUCGAGGCCAUCAACUCCCAGCUGACCGUGGAGACCGGCGACGCCCACAUCAUCGGCAGGCAGGGCGAGGGCCCGCUCAGCGACACGUGCAGCCGCAAGACGCUGUUCUACCUGAUCGCCACCCUGAACGAGGCCUUCCGGCCCGACUACGACUUCAGCGCCGCCAAGAGCCACGAGUUCAGCCGCGAGCCCAGCCUCAACUGGGUGGUGAAUGCCGUGAACUGCAGCCUCUUCUCGGCCGUGCGCGAGGAUUUCAAGGCGCUGAAGCCGCUGCUGGGAUUCCGGGCUCUUCCCCAGAGCGUUCCUGGAAUUCUGGGGCAUUCCCCAGGAGAUUCCAGGGGUCAUUUCCAAGGGGGGGAUUCCCUGGAAUUUCAAGGUGGGGGGGGAUGUUCCUGA